UAUCCCAAGUCAACGAGGCAGCUGCUCUUCCGUUUCCACAAGCCGCAUUGAAAAAGGUCGUGAUUGGAGAACCUGAAUGCGACUUGUUCGCUCUUUCCAUCGCCGCACCAUUGUUCCUUUGUCUGUGACGCUAUUGCUGUUUCUGACCAAUCGGCGCUAGCCAGAUAUACCUCCGACAAUCUUCCGCUGAGGAAGGACCGACGACGGCCAGUCCUCACUACCGCGACCCUCUUUAGCCUGUGUAUAGUAUUGCUCUAUUUCAGUGACUUAUAUUUUCGCCAAACAUUCAUAAUGGUUUCUAAGAAGGAUAUGCGCAGAGGUGACCUCAUCGUCCCCUAUGCAGAGCCAGCCGAUGCAAAGAGCGAAGCCGAUGUCACUGGUGUCUUCGGAAGUACGCUUCCUAUGGCUGCUAUCUUCACUAGAAACAAGAUGAUCGGUUGGGUUGCCGUCAUCUUCGCCGUCCAAAACUGGCUCUCAGAGACUCCCGAGUCCACAAAGAACCAAUCAACUCCUGGAUACAUGACUGUCGGCAUGGCUCUCAUGUCAACAGCAGUCGCAUAUCUUCCUCUGUUCAUGCCUCCGAUUGCAGCACCUGGCAUGGGAAGUGGCACCGAGGCUCCCGCUGCUGCCGCGGUACCUACCCCAUGAUCUGUCUUUUUGUAAUCGAUUCCAGAACUUGUAUAUCACUUUUCAGUCUGUUGAGAAGCCAGACUUUUGACUCAUCAACUAUCUUUCCAUAUGUGAACCCAUGGACACGUCAUAUGGAUACGUGGUUUGACAAUAUCAUUACCGGUACACAGU